UUUUUUUUUUUUAAUAAUCUUUAUUCAAAUCUUGUUGAAAAUUCCUUUCACAUUCUAUGAUGUGUGUGUAAGUAUAUAUAUAUAUGCAACUCUAUCAAUACAAACAUAUUAGUAUAUUCACCUACAUAUCCGAUUAUUCAUACACACAUUGUUACAGAUCGAUCAUAUAGAGAGAUUGACAUGGCGACUUCCACCUUCUCUUCUCGUGGUGCACAAACCAUGAACACUAUGUUCGUCAAACCGAUGCUUAGGAAAUCGAUUCACAAGAAGAGUGCAUCGCACGACAUAGUGAGGGAGACGGCCAAGACGGAGGGUUCCGGCGCCGGAGAGGAAGUGAAGACGAUGAGAGGCUUCUACGGCGCCGGAGAGACGUCUUCACCGGCGAGUAGUUGGGUGCCACAUGAAGGCACGGGUAUAUACUAUCCAAAAGGGCAUGAGAAGGUGAUGCAAGAUGUGCCUCCUCCUCCAGCUGGCAGCCACGCGGACGAGCUCGUUAAUUGGUUCUCCUAACCAAUUGUACCAGUGAAACUCUCAUCAUGUCAUCUCCAUCUCAUCGUAAUCUCUCUAUAAUGUUGUCUUAUUGUUGUAUUGUUAAGGGGAAAACCAUUAAAUAUAUAUAUAUAUAUGUGUAAUUAAGUUGAUAUAUGUAUUGUUGUCAUGUAACCAAUGAUAAUGAAUAAAUUAAUGAUGGUUAUAAGAUGAAUUAUCCACGUUGA